AUGUCUGAGGAUGCGCAAUGGCAAAGGCAGCCGCAAAAUUAUAAGGCUUCGUGGCUUUUAAAACAGGCGGAGUGGCGCUUUGCGUGGGACAGGCGUUUCUUUGUACAGUACGGUCUGCGUUUGGCGUACCGUGUGGAUGAGAAUGAGGCGGAAAAGAAGGCCGGCUACGUCGUCUCCCUGCAGCGCAUCGUGGGCCCGCCGGAGUCACACACCUUCCGUGUGUGGCUAAAGGAAGGGGCCUGUUGGACACUCCGAGCUGAAACGGAGGAGGAGCACCGGGAGUGGACGAACAGCAUCGCCGCCGCUCUAGUGCAGAGCGCGGCGGAGGAGCUUUGUAAUGUGCGCGAGGGCCUCGUCCUGAAAAAGGGGGCAUGGACGGGGCAAUGGAGGCAACGGUACUUGGAGCUGGAUGAAUACCGUCUGGCUUACAGGCUCAACAAGGAAAGCGAGGUGCGAAAUCGCUUUGUUAUAGUGGCGGCUGAUGCAUCCGCUGACGAGGGCGGAGAGAUGCAGCUGCUCGUAACAACAAGCUGUGGGAAACAGUUUUGGCUGAAGUUUGCGAGUACAGAGCAGUUUAACGACUGGAGGGCUGUGAUCAUGCGAGGACUGCGGCGAGCCAUGCCGUGGCAUUGGAUGGCGCUUGCCCCCUCACACACUUACGGGUACGCCCCACUUCGGGUGCAGUACCACGCGAGCGCUGCUUGCAGUGGACCUGCUGUGUACUGUUACGGUGGUACGCAAACCUUGUCCCCGCGUCGCUUUUUUGAGGCAGCUAAAAUCUUUCUACCCGAUGUCUCUCGAGAGACAGUUUCGCGACAACUCUCUUGUAUAAAGCUUGCCGGGGAGCACAAAUGCACCCCUCUAGAAAUUAUUCCAUAUGAGGAGAACGCGCACGCGAAGCUACUACCCCCGCCUUUAUUUGGCGCGUCCUUGUGUACGCUGAAAGCAACGGGUGAAGCACCAUCAUCGUCGUUGCCCAACGCUGGCGCAUUAACUCCGCCGUUGGAGUGUCUGCUGCUUGUGGGGGGGCGCAGCGAAACUUGUGUUUUUCGCGACGUUACCGUUGAAGUCUGGUGGUGCGUGCUGCGGGGCUCGUCCUCCAAGUGGCAGCGGGGCUCUUAUGAUGCAGAUGUGCUUCCACACCGUACUUUUCAUACCUUGACCGCAAGAAAUUCGAGGUCGGCGGUACUUGUUGGUGGAUUAGACGACAUGAAUCGUGUUUGCGCGGAGUGUUUUGUUAUUUUCUGGCCUGAAGGUGAGACGGAGGCCUUCGCUACGCCUCCCGUUGUGAAGUUUUUGGGUUACCUUCCAGAGCCUCGUGCAUUUCACGUUUGCCUGACGCUGCUCGAUGGUUCACUUUUCGUGUUUGGGGGUCGUGGUGUUGUGCAUAAUCCCGCGGCGUGUGGUCACUUUCUUUCCCUCUCAGGUACAGAGUCGGAGUGGAAAAAGUUGCCCGUGGAGCCGCCUUUGCCUCUGCUGAAUCAUGUGUGUGCGGCGGAGGCUGCUUCUGCCAGCGGGCAGCAGCGGGUAUUUGUGUUGGGGGAGACGUGCACCUCGUACCCCACUCUCAGGCUGUUUCAGCUGACGUUGCAAUCCGCGUUUGCUGUCUCAACAGAAGUCUUACUUACCGUUGGCGCCGCCCCACGGCGCUGCUGUGGAGCUACAAUGCACCAUGCCGAGGGCUACCUUUACCUAUUGGGCGGCUGCUACGGUGGCAGCCAGCGCAACGAUCAGGGUCAGAUGGUGGGGUUUCAGGAUCCUGUUCGUAUGCUCAUUGGCGACAGCGAGGGAGAUGGACUCGCCACCACCAACCGUGAAUGA